GACGUAAAUUACCGGCAUUUUCCUCCCAUCCUCUCUCGCACCAGCAAGAACCAUGGCCAUCAAUAAAGAAAUCGUCACAUCUUUUGCCAAAGAUCUUGCAGCCGGUGGCAUUGCCGCUGCAAUUUCUAAAACAGCCGUAGCCCCUAUCGAAAGAGUCAAGCUUCUGUUACAAGUACAACAUGCAUCCAAACAAAUCACAAAAGAUCAGCAGUACAAAGGAAUCGUCGACUGUUUUUCCCGUGUAACGAAAGAGCAGGGUUUCUUCUCACUAUGGCGUGGUAACUUGGCCAAUGUCAUCAGAUACUUCCCAACACAGGCCCUGAACUUUGCCUUCAAAGACAAAUACAAGAGGUUGUUUUUGGAUGGAGUCGACAAAAGAAAGCAGUUCUGGCGUUACUUUGCUGGUAACUUGGCCUCCGGAGGUGCUGCAGGAGCUACGUCACUGUGCUUUGUGUAUCCUCUCGAUUUUGCCCGUACACGUCUGGCUGCAGAUAUCGGCAAGGGCGCUGCUGAGAGAGAAUUCCAGGGUCUUGGCGACUGCUUGACCAAGAUCUUCAAGUCUGAUGGCAUGCUUGGACUUUACCGUGGAUUUGGUGUGUCUGUCCAGGGAAUCAUCAUUUACCGUGCAGCCUACUUUGGCUUCUACGACACGGCCAAGGGCAUGUUGCCUGACAACCUCAGCAGGAAUAUCUUGAUCUCUUGGAUGGUAGCCCAGACCGUCACUACUUGCUCAGGAAUCAUCUCCUAUCCCUUUGACACUGUCCGUCGACGUAUGAUGAUGCAGUCUGGCCGUAAGGGAGGUGAGGUCAUGUACAAGAGCACCAUUGACUGCUGGAGGAAAAUCGCUGCACAGGAAGGUGGAGGAGCCUUCUUCAAGGGAGCUUUCUCCAAUGUCUUGCGUGGUACUGGUGGCGCCCUUGUUCUAGUACUGUACGAUGAACUCAAAAAGUUCCUUGUAUAGUGUCAUCACUUUAAAAAGAAAUGUUCUAGUCUGGUGUAGUUAACAUCAUGUGAGCAGAACUGCCCAAAUCAUUACAAAUUAUUGCAACAUUCUGUUUGUAUUACAGGUAAUAUGAUUACCUUUAUAAAAAGAAAUUUUCAUCCUCCAAUCAAAAUCGGCUAAAAAAAAUCAUGUUUCAUAUCGCUGUUCUUCAAAUUCGAUGUUUUGGGUAAUUCUGCUCUAAAGAGGGUGAGGAUGAAAAAGAUUUUCCUAUUUGCCCUUCUUGUUUGAGAAAUGUCUUAUUACAAGACAUUUCUGAGACAAGACAAUAUCAUAGCAUGAUAUUUAAAAAAAUACUUGUAAAAGCUGUUAUUCAACAGUCAUACCUCUUGGGGGUAGUAUGUUCCACUAAAAUGAAUGGGUUUUAUAUCAGUUCCUGGGUGUUAGACCAAAUUGCAAUCAUUAGGCACAUAAUGCAUUUAUGCAAAUCUAUUGAAAGCUAUUUAUAUGAAGUAUUCAUAUUAGAAUAAUGAGAAAUGAUUAUUAUGUCGGGUUGUGUUUUGGCUUUUACAGUAUAUUGCUACCCUGUUUCAAGGUGAAAGCACAAUUUAAAAAACCUCAUGAUAUCCAAAUCGUGGUAAUAGGUCCAUUACAUUAUGAUUUGAAGUUUGUAUUUAAUUUUUUGUUUGUGAAAUGAAUGUGUAUCCCUUAUUGACAUCAGAUUUUUAAAACUGUAUCAGAUUCUUAACCUAUUACCACACCUUGAAUGGCUGGCCAAAAAUAUCACCAUUUUGAGGCAUCACGAACUGAUAAUAUCAUGGCAAAGCAAGUUUGCACAAUUUGAAAUGCUGAGUGCUUUUCAUUUGUGUGUGUCAUAUAAUGAUGAAUAUGCACAAUGUGUUGUGAAUAUUAUGGACUUGGAUUUAUGUGUGGAAAAGGAAAGUCUAAAUAAAAAGCUAUAAAAUUUA